AUGAAGGAUUUGUAUUCUGACAGCGAUAGCGUUGCUAUAGCGCUGGUAGCAUACUGUCAAACCCCGGUGAUGUCUGUUAGUGUUGAAAGACGCAUCGCCCAGCUGAAUGCAGAAAAGGAAGACCUUCAAGCUCGUCUUGCGAAACAGGACAAUGACGCCGAUAUUCUAAAGAAUCUUAUCGAUGAUCAAGCCAUUAAUAUCCGCGACCUCAACUCUAAGAUCGGUCGGCAAGGGAAACAAAUCCAAGAUCUCAAGUAUGAGCGACAUGUCUCCCACAGUACCAUUGAUGAUCAAGCGUAUGAGAUUGGCGAGUUGAAGGCUCAAGUCUCGAAACAGGAAAGGGAGCUCAAGGACCAGGGCAGGGAGAAUGAAGAUUUGGAGACUCAACUGGUCAUUUUCCAAAGGGUCAUUGAUGAGGAUAACAUCUCGACAAGUUCUGGCUCUUCUGGCACGGAUUAUGACUUGAUGGAUCUCUCGAGCGAUGAGGAGGAAGAAGAGCAGGACAUCGACCCAGACAGCGGCCUCUCUUUCACUACAGACAGUAAUUCCUUGGACAACUUCGGCGCGGCCAACAUCGAAUCAGAUAAAGGCAAGGCUAUGGAUUACAGCUAA